AUGGCCAACACCAAACCCUCCCUCACAAAAUACAUCCACGCCAUCAAAGACUCUCCAAGAGAGAUCUUCAAUCGGCAUCUCUUCCUGGCGGUGUGCGCUUUUGCCAUGGGCGGAUGUGCCAAGGGAUGGGAUGAAGGAUCUGCGUCGGCCAUUUCGCAACUUCCUUCCUUCAAGCAUCGAUAUGGCCUCGACGACGAUAGAACUUCUAAUAUUGUCUCUCUCGUCAACCUCGGAGCUGGAGUCGGUGCUCUUUUAUCCUUUCUAUUGAACGACCGAAUUGGCCGCAUCUGGUCGAUGCGAAUCUACCAGCUAGUCUACAUCGCCGGUUCUCUCGUCUCCUGCUUCUCAUCUGGCCAUCUUGCUGCUCUCUACGUUGGCCGUCUUGUUGCUGGGCUGGGAAUCGGAGCCUUGACGGUAGUGUGUCCCAUGGCCAUUGCUGAAAUCGCCCCCAGCACGACGAGAGGAUUGAUGACUCUCUGGUUCAACGUCUGGAUGCUUUCCGGUCAGGCGCUGGGUAUUUUCACUGUGUAUGGCUGCUCCAUCCAUAUCUCGUCCACCACAGAUUUGCAAUAUCAAAUACCCUGGUUCACGCAGACAUUCGUUCCGGCCAUCAGCAUCGCCCUAUCCUUCCUGAUCGUUGAAUCUCCCCGUUGGCUGCUCAUGAAUGAUAAACACCAGCAAUACCUUUCAGCUCUCACACAUCUUCGUGGUCUCCCAUCCACGGCAUCUUAUGUGGACAAUGAAUUCAACGGCAUGCUCUCGCAGAUUGAAGAUAGAAACUCCGGACUCGGACAUGUCAGUUCUAUCCAGAUUGUGAAAGAAACACUCUUGGUCCGGUCCAAUCUGCGUCGAGUCCAACUCACAUUGGUCGCCUACAUCCUCGCCCAAAUGUCCGGUGCCAACGCCAUCACGAACUAUCUCCCUACUAUAUUCGGCCUGGUUGGUAUACAGGGAUCCAGUGUGAAGCUUUAUACAACUGGCUUCUACAGUGUUACCAAGCUGGUCUGCUGCAUUGCUGCGUCUCUCGUUCUGGUUGAUGUUGUCGGCCGUCGCAAGUCCCUGAUGAUCGGCGCUACCAUUCAGAUCGUCUGCCAUUCUUACCUUGCGGGAUAUCUCAACUUUUACCUCACGGACUCCGACACUGUGAGCAAAGGAGCAUCCGAUGCGGCCAUCGCCCUCAUCUUCAUCCACGCUCUCGGCUGGGCCAUUGGGCUGUACAGUCUACCUUAUCUUUUUGGGGCAGAACUCUGGCCAAACCGCAUUCGAUCUUUCGGGGGUGCAUUAUCGCAGUGCUUCCACUGGCUGUUCUACUUUGCCAUUACCAAGGCUACCCCAUCUAUGCUGGAGAAUAUGGAUCAAUGGGGUGCCUUUGUUCUGUUUGCCGGUUUCUGUUUUGCCGCUAUCGUGUAUACAUACUUUCUUGUGCCAGAAACCAGUGGGCUGAGUCUGGAGGAGAUUAACAAGAUUUUUGAGCGUCCUUGGUAUCGGCUGCGACUGCCUUUGGAUCAGACUAUCUCCGAUGAGUGA